UGGGGAAGAGGAAGGGGGAGGGGAAGGGGAAGGUCCCCGCCCCGCCCCGGGCAGGCGGAGGCCGCGGGCCGCCUCAGCGCGCAGCCGCGCGCGGGGACAAGAUGGAGGUAAAAGAUGCAAAUGCUGCAUUGCUAAGUAACUUCGAGGUGUACCAGUUACUUACUGAUCUUAAGCAGCAGCGCAAAGAGAGUGGGAAGAACAAGCAGAGCUCUGGCCAGCAGAACCUGAACACAAUCAUGUAUGAGACGCUGAAGUACAUAUCAAAAACACCAUGUAGAUACCAGAGUCCUGAGACUGUAAGAGAUUUCCUCAUAACAAUGAAAGGCCAUAAGCUAACCAACUGCACACAUUUUUGCCUCCUGCAAACUGAGCUUUAUCUGUCCCGAAGCCUGCUCUGCCUCCUUUCGCCCUCAGCUGGAAAUGCUGAUCUUGGCACUAGCUGCGUCUCAGCUACUACUGGACGUGGCCCAGAAGUGGGGAGGCACUGCUCAGCCAAGCAGCAGUGAUGGCCUUCGUGGGACUUCUCCCUAGGCAAGGCCAGUGAGAGUCUGCAUACAGGUAAUUAACUCUGAUUACUGUGAUCUUGCCUUUAUUUUUUGGUGAGAAAAUGGCUCUCAAUUGUCACUCAUCUUAUUUUUGUAUUUAUUCGUCUCUAGAACCAACAGCUCUCAUGUUUCAAUCAGUAUUACUAAAAUCCAAGUAGUCCAGAAGAAAAACAAAUCACAAAUGACACACCUUUUGGGGUCAGUUAUCCUGAAAAUAUUCUUUGCCUUCUGCUUAGAUAGCUAGGAUAGUUCUCCUGUCUGUUCAGUGAGCAGGAAUGUAAAUACACAUGCUGUAGAAAGAUUCAAGAUAGAUUCAUCCAAACUGGAAAAAGUUCCUUACAUUUUUUAGACGUAACGAAGCAUGAACGAAAUCCAGGCUUAUCGGGUCUGUAUCUGUAUAAAAUAGCACAGUCAGCAUUGAUGCGGAUAGGAACCUGUUCAGGCUUGCAGGAUUUGCCUUUUCUGAAGCUUAUUUCCCCUGGGGUUGUGAGUAUUUGGGUUCUGAUUUGUGUAUGUGCUGGCAAGCAGUUCUAGGUGCAGAGAGACUGGUUCUAGCUGUGAUGCUUUUGUAUCGACGUGAGAAAAAGGCAGUGCAGUGGGUGCUGAGCCUCAACGCGUAUUCCCCGCAGAGAGAGGCUGCUUCCUGCUGACGUUGGGGCUGAGGAUUCCAGUUUUCUAUCGCAAAAUCGAACUUCCGAGCUGUUUUGUGAGCGUUUGCUUCAAAGGGAUGCCAAGAGAACCCUCCUGGUUUCUGCAUUCAUUCACAGUAGGAAAGGUCAGAAGCUGUAAUUAGGGAGAAGAGUCUGGACCAAAGCAUCAGAAGGGUCCCCCGGGCCGGUCUCAGAUCACGUGCUUGGAGCAAAGGUCUCAGUUCUGUACGAGCAGUGGGGAGAGCUGCUAACAUUGACCUCCCAGCUAAGCAGAUGUCAUAUCUGGCACUCAUGCAUGCUUGGUAUUUCUUAAAUAAUCUUGGUGGCUGGAUAUUUACUAAACAAAAGAUAAAAGGUAAAAUAUUAUUAUUCUAGACUGUAGAAGGGAAAAUACCUACCAAUGCUGGUAUCUAGUGUACCCAUACUAGUAUCAACAUAUUUGUUCACAUGACUUCAUUUACCCUCAAUUAUCCCUUCGUCACCUUGAAAUAUUUUGCCGAAAUAAAAUAAUUUACCUUUUCAUUAUCAGAAUGAUGUUUAAAUUGAUCAGCAAAUAACUGGCUGGGUACAACUUUUCAGAUGACAUAUACUGAAUAGUUGGUCGUUUCCCUGUGUCUUCAGAUUCAAGCUCUAUGUAUGUAAUUCAGUUGCAUUGCUUAAAUCGUAAAUGCAUAAUUUUAACAUGUCUAAAGGUUAUUAUUUUUUCAGUGUAAAUUAGUGUUUACAAUUUCUAACACUCUACAGCCCUCCUCAGGCACCUUCAGCUGACAGAAGAUAAGUCAUUUUUGUGGCUUUCGUUUUUUGUACCCUGCUGCUAAUUCAUUUUUGAUGUUCUGUAGUCAUUUUUCCGGCAGGGAGCUUUGCAGAUCAAAAACUGGCAUGACAUUUUUCUGAUAACACAUUUUAAUGACUUACUUGCAAAUUAUCUCUCAUUUUUAAUGUUCUGAAUGAUACUGUCUUUGCUGAAAUAAUGUUGUUGAGAUCAGUUUGUCCUGACUCUAAAAAUUCUACAUAUUCCCUAAUAAUUUAUAAUGAUGUUAAUGGCUUAUAAGCAGAAUGUCUUUGAGAGAUGACCUUUUUUUACUUUGUCUUGUAGUUCUUGUGUUCAGGAAGGAUGAACAGUUUUUCUAACUGAUUAUUUUAGCCAAGAGGUAUAAUUGUCUUUAAUUUAUUUCUGUUGUUGCCAGCUCUGCCAAUAAACUUUCCUUAAUGAACAAGGUGGAGCUCUGUCUGAUUUAAAAUAGCUCUGGAUAAACGAGAUUCCUGUUCUUUGGCACAGGCAUGAUAGGGCUUUGAUUAUUUGAUUCUGAUAAUUUGGUUGUGAAUUUUUGUAUAAGUGUGUACCGGGGGGGGAAAGUGUGUAUUUUUUCAUGUAGGCAACAAAAAUCGAAGAUGAUAUUCUGAAAAAAAAAAAGAGAAAAUGCAUCUUCCAUGUUAUUUUGUUAAAAUCGAAUUUUUUUUGGUCUGGAGACGUGACAUAGCUAUCUGAUUGGAUUGAAUACCACACGUCUCGCUGCAAAAGUGAGAAAAGACCUGUCUGAAAAGGCUCUGCUCCAGAAGCUGGCGUGUGAGCGUGCAGUGCUGCGAGAAACCUGCCCAAAGCAUGGAUUUGUUAAGCAUAAAAGUUUCUCUUGGUAAAUAGGACUGGGCACAGGGAGUAUUUUGCAAAUAGAUAUCCUCAUAGCUCUGCUGUGAGAGCUGCAAGCGUUAUCUCUGUUGCAGACGUCUGGAAACUGAGGCACAGACAAGUUGUGCUUGGCCAGGGACCAUAAAACAAAUAACAUCGAAAGCCAGGAUUAAAACUGCUCCAGGUGCCGAGCCGGGCUGUUCCCCAGCUCUUGAGGAAAAGCACUAAAUCUUCCAUACCUUUGUUCAGAUGAAUUGGCCAGAUGCUUUGUAUGCUGAAGAUAUUGUUAAAUAUUCUUUCCCCAGCUCUGGUAGGACUUCUGCUUUUAUGUGUGAUGGUGAUGUCUUUUGAUACAAUUUUAGAAGAGGUUUUUUUUCUUUUUUCUUUGAUUCCUUACAUCUCCUGCUCUCAAUUUUAAUUCUAGGCUGAGAGAAUUUCAGUACUUGUGUCUAGUCAAUAUUUAGGUUUUGGUUUCUGUCCCUUUCAUGGCUUAUUACAGUAGCGAACAGCAGCAGCUAUAAAUGCUUUAUCUUUCUGACAGUAAGGCAGCCAGCAACGGUGAUCUCAGUUCAGUUUUAAAUUCAGCCAUGCUGUUAAUAGUCUCCGUUGUUGUGAGCAUCAAGCUGCUAAAUAAAUAGACACAAAUGAUGAGCAUGGGCAAACAGUGGAGGCACCCUCCCUGCCUCGCACCCGUGGCAGCCUGUUUGGCUUGCAUCCUCGCUUCUCCCAAACCAAAGCAAACGAACGUAUCUGGGUAACGAAGCUAAUCUCGAUUCCCUUGUGUUGUUUGUAAAAUCGCAGUCGUCGGAGCUGAAGACCACGCGCUGCGCUGCCAAAGCGUUUGUUAACAAAAAACAAUGCAGACAGUUGCUCUGUAGGAGAGAAGGGAGAAUUCCCGCUACAGUGGGAAUUACGUUUAAAUAGCCUGAUUUAUACUGUGGUUGACGCGAGGGACCUUCUCCCCAGUAUCUUCCUGAAUUUUUGCUGCCCGUACGCGCCCAGCAGUUCGUGAAUGAAAGGCCUGGCGGCGGGCCAUGGCCACACCGUCCUUUUAAGUAUUAUUUGAUGGUGCCUUCAAAGAAUGAAGCAAUGUCUACUACCCUGUACUGUGUUAAGGGCCUUUUCUUUCCUCCCCCCACCCUCCCUCUCUUCCCCAUUCUCAGACCUUCCAAAGGUAGAAGCAUCUUUCCUGUUCUUACACAAAAAUACUCUUACAGGUGAAAUCGCAUGUGUGAUCAGUACAGCAUCUGCUGCAGUUGUUGGCAUUCGUCCACGUGCCAAGCAUCGCUUUACUGCAGCCUUUUCCUGAAGACUGAGAAAAAUCAUCUGCUGUGGUCCUGUAGAAGUAGGAAAGAAAAUUAAAAGGGUAGGGUGGUACCCCAAAUGUUUGAGUUUGCUUUUCGAGCAGAUGUGUUGGGCAGUUUUGUGGUUGGUUAAAAUGAAGGGGUUUUUUUUCUUUUUUUCUAUAUUUUCAAGUCGUAAUUCCUUAUCCACUUCUCUAAUUUUGAAAUUCAGAGGGUAAACAAUAGGUCCAUUUUAAAGUAAAUGUGAAUUCAGAAAGAUUUGGAAUUGCAAAAAGCUUUUUAACUGUUAAAUUGAUAUAUGGGAGGAUUUCUUGGAGUUUCCUGACGUCAGUUAUUUUUUAUUUCACAAAUAUCACAUUUAAAUAUUGAAAGCUUUUCUUCUAAAGUUGCUCGUCCUGAUUAGAAUUAUUUUCCAGCAUUUUAUAAAAAUGGCAGCUGAGUGGCUCAGGGACUAGGUGGGACAAUCAAAAAUUUUUCCUUUUUAGGAUUUUGUUUUGUCACUAGCAGGCCACAUCUAAAACCAACAGUCUGUGUCAUUGCGGUGGGGCUAUUUUCUGUGCUUACGGGCUAUGAAUACACAUCACAAAACCCGCCGAUAUAAUUAAAUCCAUUGUUUUGUAUCAGCAGAGCAGUUGUCUUCGCUGAACCCCGGAGUCUCCGUAAUGCGAUUUGCAUCGUUAACUGCCAUGCAGUCAUGGCCGUUUUAGGUGGAAAAGGGCCUGUUAGAUCAUCCGGCCUUUGGCAACACCCGAUUUUUCCUUCAGGACAGUCUGGAGGCAUCAGCCAGGAAAAUUUUAUGCUGCUGCUGCUCGUUCUGCCUGUUUGGGGGAUAAAUGAAGGGCCUUAUUCCCCGGCUGCCGGCCGACUGCCUGCAUAACUAUUAAAUUUGCUCCCUCUUGACACGCGUGCACACGUGCGUGUGCGCAGCCGAGCAAUGCAUCGCUUGCCAUAGGCUUCCCCGGAGGACGGUAAAUACUUUGGCGAGCACACAUACGUGGAUGCUGGCGUUCUGAAGCGCCUUUCAGCGCUGAGCUGGUGCUGGACUUCAAAGGCAGACGGUGUCGAAACGAAGCUGGUCUCUCUGAAGUAUCUCUAGGCAGACGGACGGUGACCCGUUAGCACCGUGCUGUUAAUUACAGCAUCUAUUUUCUCUUGAAAGCUGCAAAGUUUCCUUUUGAAACCCCCCACAGGUCCAAGAAAUUGAGGAGAAACUCUUCAGAAUCACUUUAAAUAUGCCUUAACGAUGCCCUGGGAGUAGCACUCCAUUCCGAGCUUUAGUUCUCCAAAAUUGUAGUUUGCUGCCGUAUGACAAACUGCAAGACGGUGCCUGUUAACUGGCAGUGUUCAUUUUAAUGUUCUGCGUGCGAUAAUGAAAUACUGCAUAAACACAGAUGUCUGUUAGGAGAAGAUAUGCAUCAAAUAUAAUCAUGGAAGAUUUUUGCCCAAAAAUGUAUGUUUAAGUUCCUUUACACAUUGUAUCUAUUAUUAUUACAUUGUAGCUAUAUGUUUUUAUAAUAAAAUGCCUUUUUUACUGCUCCA